AUGACUCGAGAAGAUCUCUACAAAGUUACAACAGAUGCACGAGUUGAACGCUUGUUGCGAAGAUUGACACGCGAUGAUUUACUCGAGAUCAUUCAACGCUGGUUCAAUCAACCAGAUCUAAAACCAGAUUCAUCAGAUGCGUCCUGGGAGAUUUAUCAAGAGAUGCAACAAAAACACAAAUACAAAGUGAUUGAUCGUGUUUUGAAAGUAGAUUGGGUUAAUGGGCUACGUGCAUUACAAAUUGCUCAAUUGGAUCUCAAAUUCAAGUUAGAUGCAAUUGAUCAUCCAAAUGUCAAACGAUGGCAAUUAUGGCGAUUAAAACCAGGAAGUUUAGUUAAUAACGACACACCAAUGCAAUUGGCAUUAAGUUUAUCAAAACUUGAAGACCAUGUUCAAUUGUAUCUGUCUUCAUUCUUUCGUUGUCAUGUGUAUUGUGCCCGUCACCCUAAACACCACACAUAUUGGAUGCGGAUCUCGUUCUUUGAGACCAGCUCGCCAGACGUGAUGCCGUUGACUACAAGCAAUGUGUAUUUGAUUUAUUAUCCAAUGACAGAGUACAUCCUGUGCGGAGGCACGAUCCGCAAGAACAUCUACACAUACGUGGUGCAGGCACUAGUAUCGGCUUUUGACGCAGGAUCCAUCAAGGAUGAAAAACUAGGAUCAAAAAAGCUAGAGGAACUCAACCGUGUGAUUGACGGCAAAGAAUCCUUGGGUAUCUUUGACACCUAUGCAAAAAACCAGGUUGAUCCAAACCCACUCGACAUCCACCAAAAGGUCAUCAAACCCGACAUGCCAGCCUACGUCUCGACAGCCGAAGAAAAGCGGCGUAUUGUACCCGUGGACAGAAACACGAUCAAUGCACGUUAUGAACAGGCCAAUGCACUUGGUAUUGAUCCACCUGCAAUUGAAUCCCUCUCAAUACAGAUCACCAUGCCACCCUAUCUUGCUCCAGAGGGAGAGGACAUGACAGCUAAAAUAACUCUCAAGGGUGACAAUGUGAUGAAGGGCAUCCAAGAGUUAAUUACAUGUGGAAUUAUGAAACUGCCCCUUCCAGAGUGGCUACCUGAAGUAGCAGCAGCAGGAAUCAAUAAGGUGUUUCUGACGCGUGAUGGCAUCUUUCGCCAAGAAGGAGAUGAUGAUGAAGAAGAAUAG